AUGUCAGCGAUCGAUAAUGUUACUCAAGAGGACUCGGCGGUGUCUGCCUCAGCGGUGUCUAUCUCGGCCUGGGAUGCGAGAAAAGCUCAAUCUUUCAUCGGUGAAGGCCAAGAGCGGCGCUACGAAGCGAUGAAAAAGCCCAUUGCCGAGGAUGAAUCCAGCGAGGAAAGCCAAGUCACAGAGAUCCCUGACGACGAGAGUGAAACCGCCAUGAGCGCAGUAUCUACCCGAACGGUUACUUCUUGCCGUUAUCGUGGACGAGGUCGAGGACGAGUCAUGAAGAGUGACAGAGAUGACCUUCCAGGAACAGGUCUCGGGCGCGGAGGAUUCAGCCGUGGAGUCAUUCGAGCCGGAAUCGGUCGUGGCCGAGCAAGACCGGAUGAUGUUGUGUCUGUGAUUGAAGGAGACCUUUCCCGCGUAUCCUUAGCCACGAAAAAUGAGUCUAAGGUUGAGAAUGGUCGAGGACGAUCGGAGACGGAGGAAGUAGGUCCACCAGACGUCAACAAUCGCCGACCCCACGUCACUGGGGUGAAGAAGGAGAACAACACCUUCACCUAUAACUUCGACAACAUCGCGGACUUGGAAUUCCCGCGAACUGUAAUCGACCCUCGAAUUCAAAACGUUGAAACUUGCUCCAUGAUGGGGCAAUUAGACAGCGACGAUAACGAAGAGGGAAGUAAGAUGUUCGAGCAAGAUGAUAGUGAAGCAGGUCCUUCCCCGCAACCGGCCAUCACUCGCGCUGAAUCUGUCUGCUCGCUUAGAGACAAUUUCCAAUAUGAGGAGUCUAUCGAUGACUAUUGUGAAAGUGUCUCUAAAGUUGAUAUUUCUCCUCAGCGAGAACCCGAAAAGCACCAAAGCUUGAUGCCAAGCCGACGAAGAAAGACACCACCAGCAAGUCCGGUCGUGCCAAAGUUUGGUCAAAACUUGAUCCCGAGAAGAGUGAAUCGAGUACCGGUAGUGCGCAGGAAGAUUGACAAUGGGCCGACCGAGAGCAGACAAGAAAAGAUCAAUUUUUAUAAGAAAAAGGCGGAAAGUUCGAGAAUCACGGAAGAGGAGGGCGAGAAAGAAUUUCAUCGCCCACAGUCAUCCGCUUUCCGACGAUCAGACUACGAUUCUCGUGACUUUACCCCCUUGCCAACGGUUCAAUUUCAGAGAGGUCCAAUGGAGAGUAAGGAGGAACCACCAAAAGAAGUGAAAGCGGUGAAGCGGGAGGUCGAAAUCGUCGAGCCUACAGUGGAUACUUUCCGAGGAUUUGCACACGAGAAUGACUACCAAAGCGAAGGUCGAGAACCACGACUUCUUCCUGCGUAUCAGCAUCUUCUCAAUGAAUACGAGAAAAUUGUUUCAAUCGUCAUUCACGUGGAGACUAAAAGAGAGGAACGAAGCUUGAUGAACAAGUCCCCUCAUAUCGACAAAGUCCAGCGUUCAAUCGAGGCGUUCAAGUGGCGAUUGUAUGAAGAGCAGCAGACUUUUUAUCAAGCGCCUACUGUGGACUACGGACCAGUUAUCGAUCUCAAAGAGUUCAAGUACGAGCAGACUUCUGAGAAACGAGAGCGACAAUUUCCUACGGAGAAAGUCAUCUCUGUCGAUGUCGAAAAGGUUCUUCGGGACUCUCAAGUUCGCUUCCAACUCAAAUUCAAAGAUGUGGGCGAGAUCAAUAUUUUCUUUUUCCGGAAGAGCAUUGACGAAACCGAACUCAUUCUCUUCGAGGCUUACCCUUCUCACAAUUUCACCGGGAAAACUCAGUUUGGGAUGGAAAUUAUCCCGAACAAGAAGUACCGUGAUAGUAAGAAGAAGGCCAAGCAGUUCGUCUUCGGAAACGAGAUGACAAAUGCUAUGCCCAUGAGAGAGAUUUAUAUUGAUUCGAAGUUCAAUAAGUACUUCUUCGAUCAUAACAGUACCUUCACGGCGAACAUCUAUGUUAUCGGCUUCGAAGUGUACGUCUCUCCCUGCGUCCGAGUUGUACAGCUGCUUCAAGAGAGCCAGAAACAGUUCAGAAGAGGAGUGAAGGACUACAUUGACUUCAUCAACAGUCCCAGAGAUGUCCAUGACGAUUUGGUUGCAGUUGGCGAUGAUUCUUCCGACUCCGAAGAAUUCUCAUCCUCCUCAUAG